AUGGCGCUGUCGGCCCGCCGCGCCUCGCCAGCCAAUGAGGCGGCGCGCCCAAAAGAGCGAGGGUGUUCCUUCUGGCGGGGGCGGGGCCUGCGGGAGGGGCGGGUCCAGCGGAGGGAUCCGGGGAUCUGCGGAGACAGGAGCCUCGCGCCGCCACCCGAGCGCCAUGAGUUCAAGGAGGCAUUCUCGCUCUUCGACAAGGAUGGGGAUGGCACCAUCACCACCAAGGAGCUGGGCACUGUCAUGCGCUCGCUGGGCCAGAACCCCACUGAGGCCGAGCUCCAGGACAUGAUCAAUGAGGUGGACGCUGAUGGCAACGGCACCAUCGACUUCCCUGAGUUCCUCACCAUGAUGGCGAGGAAGAUGAAGGAUACGGACAGCGAGGAGGAGAUCCGUGAGGCUUUCCGCGUCUUUGACAAGGAUGGGAAUGGGUACAUCAGCGCCGCAGAGCUGCGGCACGUGAUGACCAACCUGGGGGAGAAGCUGACGGACGAGGAGGUGGACGAGAUGAUCCGAGAGGCUGACAUCGACGGCGAUGGGCAAGUCAACUACGAGGAGUUUGUGCAGAUGAUGACGGCAAAGUGAGGGGACACGAGGCCACCAGGAACCACCUACCCCCCCGCCGGCUGCCACUGCCUGUCCCUGCCACCAAGAGGUCCCCAGACCUCCCCCCCGCACCACAGACCCACCAGUCGGGGGCACCCGUGGGGCUCUGGGGAAAGGGAACCCCACCAGGAUAGAGGGUCCCCAAAUCCUCCAUAGGGGCUUUGGAGGGGGUAGGGGGGGGUCCAUUUCCGCAGCGUGGCGGGACCUGGGGCAGGUCCAGGGUCCCCCUCCCCGGGACACAGCAGGGCCUCCCCUUGCCCCAGGAGAGCGUUUGGGGGCAUUUCAGUGGGAUUUGGGGUCUCAGGAGGGUUGGGGAUCCUUGGUGUGGCGGAAUGGGCCCAGGCCCUGGUUUGGGGGCGUUUUGUGUGUGUGGGGAUUUUGGGCCCUUUUGUGGGGGGAGGGAGUGGCACGCCAAGCUCCGGUUUUGGGGGAUUUGGGGUCUUGGGGUGGGGGGGUGGGACCAGGCCUUGUGUUUGUGGCGUUGCGGGGGAGGUUCUGGGACCAGGCCCUGUUUUUUUUGGCUAUUCUAGGGGGGAGGUGGGGUGCUGGGAGCCCCCUCACCCCCAUCUGGGUGCUGACGUGGGCAGCCGAAGCUGUGAAAUAAACCCCUGGUUUUGCA